ACGCUUAUCUUAGACACCGACAAGACAGCUGUGCAAUUGGUGUCCUUCAAACCGGCAAACUUCACGGUCGAGCAAUGCCUCGAAGAAUGUUUGAACCGCAAGGAUUUCGUUUGUCGCUCAGUCAUGGUCGACACCUUGCGCCGUCGGUGCUCACUGACUGAUGUCAAUCAGUUUUACAUAUCUCUGGGAGACUCGGAACGGGAGGAUUUGUACGUAAUGAGAGAUAGGGUUUGCGAUGUCUUUGAAGACAACGGACUCACCAAGGAAGAAUGCCUUCUACCUCUUGGCUUGGAGGUGGGCCUCAUCACAGACGGGCAGCUCACCGCCUCCUCGUACGCAAAUCUCGACCACGCCCCUUGGGAAGGCCGUCUGAACGGGAACUCUUCCUGGAUGCCCGAUCCAGCAGAGUUCAACCAGUCAGCGCCGGCGGAUGCUCGUCCUUAUCUGCAAAUCGAUUUUCUGGAAAGAGUAAAAGUCACGGGACUGGUUGUCCAAGGAGGGGGCGGGGCCGACACACUUAGUGGCAACUGGGUAGAGGAGUUCACAGUCCUGAUCGCCCAUGACCCGGUGGGUGGGGCAUGGGACAAGGUGGGACUGUACAAAGACACGGUAUCCCAGUACGGGCCGGCUCUUCCGAAGAUAUUUGAAGCCAAUAAGGAACCAAACUGUGUUCGAUCAAUGUUCUUUGAGGAGGCCAUCUACACUCGUUAUCUCCAAAUCAACCCGACUCAGUGGCACGGGCAGGUAGCCUUGCGUUUAGAGGUUAUUGGAUGCAGAGAUACCGACUGUGACAACACCCUGGGGAUGAUCAACGGUAAGAUAACAGACAGCCAGAUUGCAGUGUCCAGCUAUCGUUCCUUGACCGAAGACGGACGGGCUGCGCGUCUCACUCCCUUCAACGGGCGGUCCGGCAUUGGUUGGAUUCCGGCCCAUUCUGACCCGGAGCCGACUGUUAAGAUACAGCUGGACCGCCCUCAUGUGUUGACAUCCAUCAUCACGCAGGGCUGCGUGGCACGAGGGGCGACGUCACUGCGAAUCAGUCACGUGAACCGUACCGUGGUCUUGUCACCAGUGCAGGAUGAGAUUAGCAGAUUGGAGAUAAUUGGUGGCAACAGCGGUACUUCCUACCUGUACAGACACACUCUGUUGGCACCUGUUACAUGCACCAGUGUCAUCAUAACGUUACUUGAGCCGGAUGAAUUGUCUUGCUUGAAAGUGGAACUUGUUGGUUGUUUGUCGUUAUCAGGCUGCCGAAAACGACUGGGCAUGGAGACCGGCCGCAUUGCGGACCAUCAAUUAUCCACUCAGCGGAACAGGAGCGAGGCCGGUCAGGCGGCCACGGCAACGCCCCGCCUCCACCAGUGGGUUGGCCUAUCCAGCGGGUGGAUCCUUGGGGAAAACGGCGGCGGGGACUGGCUGCAGAUUGACCUGUUGACCUUACACACGGUCAGCGGGGUCAUGGUUCAGGCGGGACGGGACCAUCAUGGAGGACAGUCAGAAUAG